AUGGCUACGCCGCUACAGGAGGCGCUCGCGGCCUCUGAGGGCCCCAUUCCGGGUGGAAUCGCCGAGCCCGGCGGCGAGGUGCUGGCCAAAGCGGACUCCGGCAGCGUCGCGGCGAACCUCCCGACCGUCCCCGAGGGCAACAGCGCGCGGCACGACGAGGCCCAGGUCGCUCCGGUCGUGGGGAGCCCCACCACGGGAGGGCUGGGGGUCGCUCCGAGCGGGCGGCCGCAGUCUCCCUCGAACGGGGCGCCGGAUUUCGCGAAGCACGACGCGUCUCUGCACGGAGAAGGCGCCGCGCGGCGGAGGGCCAUUCAGGAGCUGCUGUUCUUCGCCAGCGCGGGCGACGUGAAGCGCUGCCAGAAGCUCCGUGAUAUGUGGAAGCUCGACCUGAAGAGUCCGGACUGCUGCGACUACGACAAGCGCACCCCGCUCCACCUGGCAGCCUCCGAGGGGGCUUGGACGGUCACGCGCUGGCUGCUCGCCGAAGGCGCCGACUACAACGCCCUCGACAGGUUCAAGCGGACGCCGCUGGAGGACGCCGUGCGCGGCGAGUACGUCGAGGUCGCGAAGCUCCUGAUCGAGGCCGGCGGGUGCAUCUUCCAGCGCGGCAAGCUCCUCAGCCUAGCGGACAGCGAGCUCGCCGGCUUGACCAACCUGCAGGCCCUGGGCCUGACGCCGGGCUUCGAGGGGCUCGACCUGGACCCGGAGUGGGAGAUCGAGCCCUCGGAGCUCCACGUGCUCGAAAAGAUCGGCCAGGGGGAGUUCGGGACGGUGUUCAAGGCGAAAUGGAGGGGGUCUUACGUGGCGGUAAAAGUCUUGAACUCGUCGGAUCAGAUCGCGCUGGGCGACUUCCGGACGGAGAUCGGGAUCCUGCGGCGCGUGCACCACCCGAACGCGGUGCAGAUGCUCGGCGCGUGCACGAAGAAGAAGCCGUACAUGCUCGUGACGGAGUUUGUCCCCGGGGGGUCUCUCGCGGACGUGUUCCGCAUGCAGGGCGCGCUCACCGUGCGCCGCGUCGUCGAAAUCGCGCUCGACAUCGCCAGAGGCAUGGCGUACCUGCACGCCAACUCCAAGUCCAUCAUCCACCGCGACCUCAAGCCCAGCAACAUCCUCAUCGGCGGCUCCUACUACAACCGCCCCGACGAGCUGGCCUUUCAUACUGGAAUCAUCAAGAUCGGGGAUUUCGGGCUCUCGAAGUCUCUCCCGGUCUUCGACGUCGAGACCCUGACCGACGCGUACCAGCUCACGGGCGGCACCGGGUCGUACCGCUACAUGGCCCCCGAGGUCUUCAAACACGAGCCAUAUAACAACAAAGUGGAUGUGUAUUCCUUCGGCAUGAUCCUGUACCAGCUGGUCGAGGGCGUCGUGCCGUACUACGGCACCAAGCCCAUCCAGGCCGCGUACGACGCCGCACAGCGGCGCUACCGCCCGCCCUGGCGCGUGAUGCACCUGCUGCCCAAGGGGGCGCAGACGCUCAAGGUGGUGUCGGAGUCGUGCUGGCAUGAGGACCCCGGGAUGCGGCCGACGUUCGAGCAGAUCAUCGACGCGCUCGAGGAGCUCGUGGCGACCAUGGCGGACGACAACCCCUCGUGGUUGUACCAGAAAUACGCCCCCCCUGACUCAGCGAGCAAGAAGUCCAAGGGGUCGGUGCGGAAGAGCGCGGAGGUGGGGUCGGGGAACGCGUCGGCGAACGGGAACGGGAACGGCGCGGGGUCGGGCGGGGGCAAGGGCGAGCAGCCGCCCGUGGUGCUGCCGCGGCCCGGCGGCAGCGCGGCGGGCGGGACGACGACGGGGUGCAAUUGCCGGGUGAUGUGA